AUGUCUGAACUGAGCGCGUCUCAACCCACAAUGCAGACGGCCACCACCAGCGCUAACAACCCGACCGGCGGUGUAACCGCAUCGUCCGUUGUCGUCAACUCUCCAGAGCGUCGAAUUUUUGGUGCACACGAUGCUGUUCUGGUAACGAAAUCCUCGAGAUCGCCAGAAUGUCACGACAAACGACAUAUUGAGAGAUACGAUAUUGCGGCAUCACCGUCAGAUCCUCGUCCACCGAAGAAACGCUACACUGGUUCAGAGUCAUCAAGUAAUGAACAGCCCCCAGGCGAAUCACCCUGCGGGGCACAGCUUCCUCGAGCUGCUCCACCACCAUCUGCAUUCUGUGAUGCACGUCAAGUACCAACGGGAGAGCAAUUUCUUCAACUUUUAUUCAAUUGGCAAUGGGUAGAGAUCGACAAUACGCAGUUACCGUCAGUGAUGAGAGGCGGGGAGCGAUUCGUUGCUGUUCAUAUGGUCCAGUUGAUGCUACUGAGCAAAUUUCCUCCUGCCAUCCCGACAGAGAUCAUCUCACGAUUCACUAUGGUCUCACAUAAGAUGAGUACCGUUGAGGCAUGGCAAUUCAACGCCAUAAACGCUAUUAAGAGAAAGUUCGACCUUGGCUAUCAGCUCUUCACCACUCAAGACGAGGUUGUGAGGUUCAACGACGUCCAGAUGUUUUAUUGGAAUGUAAAAGCGUUGAAUCUAAGUAGGAUUAUUCAGCAAUACGACGCAGAACUUCAACAUACGAAUGGAAACCUUACAUUAAUUGCCACAAUCCAGUCACUUAAGAACCAUGUAGAAGCUGACCUGGAGCGUGUUCGAAAAGAACUGCGAACGUUGGAUGAUCAACAUCAAACAGCUACCCAGCAUUCAGCAGUUCCACCGUCGGGAUUACUGGUUUCAAGUAAUGUUGUACCUAUGGAUGACCACCAUAAUAAUCAUCACCCAUCCAAUGGAACGGUGAUCACAUCGACAAUUACUGAAACACAACACAAAGACAUCAAUGUUUAUUCAUAA